AUUAAAAUAAUAAGUAACUUUAGUUCGUCAGUCUGAUAUCAAUCAAUGAAGCCUCAAAGAUGUAUAAUAUCGAUGCUGAUCUCAAUUUCUCCAAUAGUUAAUAAGUGAAAUUAGCUAGCGGCUGGGGAAUACAUUGCACCGCGGAGCAAUAGUAGCCGCUGAGAACGAAGGAAGCCGAACAGAAACAGACUAAGUGUACUCAUCGUAUAAGGUAUACUGUUUGGUGGGAGGAAGAAUCAGUUUGAAAGUGUGAGUCGCGAGAGACGAACACAAUAUUUUGACGUCUUUUUUUAUCCAUCAUGAGUAGAUCGUGGAUAUGUGACUCGGUAUUUAUAAUCUUAUUAAUCAUUCAAACUGCUCACGGGUCAUCCAUCAAGGCACCGUGUAUUGAGGACAGUAAAUUUUAUAGAAAUCCAAAUACAUUAGCUCACAAUGUAUGGUCACCAAAUGAAUGUGCCAAAUAUUAUUUAUGUUUAGACAAUGAGGUAUUUGAGUUUAAAUGCUCAGAGGGUCUUCUAUUUGAUAUCACAAGGCAGAUAUGCGACUUCAAAGCUAAUGUAGAAAACUGCGACGUAACAUCAGAGCGCCAACCACCUAAGCCAUUAUUAGAAAAGGGUGAUUGUAAAGACAGCACACUAGCUUGUGGAGACGGUACUUGUCUUCCUAGUUCUUAUUUUUGCGAUGGAAGUGUCGACUGUACUGACGGUUCUGAUGAGGGCUGGUGUGAUGGACGUCCUGAUAAAAAUUCAGCGACAAAUUGCAAUCCACAAAAAUGUCAUUUACCCGAAUGCUGGUGUUCUUACGACGGAAAACAGAUACCGAAUAAUUUAACUCAUACCGAAGUGCCACAAAUGAUAAUGAUAACAUUUAAUGAUGCCGUUAAUUCAGAAAAUUUUGAUUUCUACAAUAAGUUUUUUAAUGACAAACGAAAAAAUCCGAAUGGAUGUCCCAUACGAGGAACAUUCUACGUAAGCCAUCAGUACACUAAUUACAAAGAUGUUCAGUACCUUUGGAAUAAAGGUCACGAAAUAGCUGCUCAUUCAGUAACACACCGCGGACCAGAAGAGUGGUGGUCACUGAAUGCUACAAUAGAAGACUGGUUUGACGAAAUGGUAGGCGUUGCAAAUAUCAUUAAUAGAUACGGCGGGGUGAGAAUAGAAGAUAUAAAAGGAUUAAGAGCGCCGUUUUUGCGUGUCGGCUGGAAUCGACAAUUUUUGAUGAUGUCAGAGUUCGGGUUUGUUUAUGACGCAUCUAUCGUUGCUCCAUUCUCUGAUCCACCUUUGUGGCCAUACACACUAGAUUACAAAAUACCGCAUCAAUGCGGGAGUACGGGUCAAAUGUGCCCGACAAGAUCGUACCCAGGAUUAUGGGAAUUGCCAUUAAAUCAACUUCUCUCUGGAGAGUACACCUGUAGUAUGGUAGAUGAUUGUCCAAUAAGUUUGUCAGGAGAAGAAAUUUACAACAUGUUAAUGUUAAAUUUUAAAAGACAUUACGUGAGUAAUCGAGCACCGAUUGGUUUACAUUUUAAUCCAAUGUGGUUUCGUAAUCCGACAAGCACUUAUGCUUUCAGUAAAUUUAUAGACGACUUGCUGCAAUUACCGGAUGUCUAUUUCGUAACAGGUAAUCAAGUUAUUGAUUGGAUGAAAAAUCCUACGCCUGUUACAGAUUUGACGGAUUUUGAACCGUGGCUGUGUGAAAAAAAAUUCAAGCCCCAUGAAAUUGCAUGCGAGUUUCCAAGUUCUUGUAAAUUGCCGAGCCGUGUUUUGAAAUCAUACAGAUACUUAAACACGUGUUUCGACUGCCCAAAACAAUAUCCAUGGUUAAGAAAUGAAUUUGGCGCUGAAUGAAAUAUGGACCUUUAUAAGUAUUGAUUGAUUCACUAUAAAUCAUAACACGAGUAUUUUAUCUUUUCUUUAAAUUAUAUCAGAAAAUUUAUUUACAGAAAUUGUAUGUUAGAUGUUGUAAUUUGUUUGCUGUAGAUUGUACAUAUGUUUUUUUUUAUU